GCAAAAAAAAAUUGACAUAUAUAAAAAGGGGAUCUUUCACUGUUUUUUUCCUGGUUAUUUAUUACUUUUUAUUACACAAUUACAUAUAAUGCGUUUCUCAAUUGCUGCUUCCUUGACCUUGGCCAUGACCUCUCUUGUUAUGGGUGCUCCUGUUACUACUGUUCAACCCUCUGCUACUUCUACUGCUGAUGCUGCCGCUUCCACUGAGAGCUAUUCUGCUGCUGCUCCUGUUGAUGCUCCUACUGGCUCUAAUGUUCAAGGCGGUGUCUAUGUUUCUUGUAACAAGCCUGGUGUCUUUGCCCUCACUUUCGAUGACGGACCUUACCAAUACUCUUGGGACUUGGCCAAGUCUCUUAACGAGCAAAACAUCACUGCUACUUUCUUCAUUAACGGUAACAACUGGGUCAACGUCGAAACUGACAGUGUAAGCACUUCUGAUGGUGAAAAGACCUACAUGGAAGUCAUUGCUCAUUACAAGGAAAUGGGUCAUGAAGUUGCUAGCCAUACCUAUGAACACAAGGAACUUGCUGGUCUUAGUGCUGAGGAAGUUGAAUAUCAAAUGAACACUCAAUCUGAUAUUAUCAAGAAGGCCAUUGGUGUCAGACCUGCCAUCAUGCGUCCUCCUGCUGGUUCCUUUGAUGAUAACGUCUUGGCUACUUUGCGCAAGUUGGGUUACUCUGUUGUUGACUGGGAUAUCGAUACUCAAGACUGGGCCACUCACAACUUUGACAGUGAAAAGGCUGCCUAUCAGGCCAUGGACAAAGAUACUUCAAGCUCCAUUGGUCACAUCACUCUUGAACAUGAAGUCUAUGACCAAACUGUGAACGAACUUGUUCCUUGGGCCGUUGAAUAUGUCAAGUCCAAGAACUACAAGUUCGUCACCAUCUCUGAAUGUUUGGAUGUUCCUGCUUACUACCAAUAAUUUGUUUAUUUGUACACUUGUAAUUCUAUUGCUGAUUUUCCUCUAACCCAAAAAAAGGAAAAUAGUGCUUGCUUUCACUCCCUCUUCUUUUUUCUUAUUUUAUUACAUAGAGAUACUAUCUGUAAUUAUAUAAUCUAAACAUCUCUUAUUCUGUGCAUAUGUGCAGAUAUCAAUAAACAUAAAAACCUAGUACAAACAAGUCUUGUAUAUUUAUAGACAUGUUUUCUACGGCAAUAAAAAUUUUCAGAUCGUAAAGCAGUUAUUGUCUGCAAAAGUACAG